AUGACAAUUUUAUUUAAUUACCAAAACAACGAAAUAGUUUCUUCACCAACCGUCAUAGUCAGUGGGUCAACUUCAUUGAGACUACUGAGAGGCGUCAUCGGGUUCACCAAUAAUGAUAAUAAAGUAUUCCCACCACAAUACUUUGAGGUAAACAACGGUCAAUUUAAAGCAAUUCUACACGUUUCUCCUGGUUUGCCAAAUAGUUUUAAAGCUGAAAUUUAUGACAAUGCAUUGAUAAAUUCAUUUGGAUUCCCUGAUUAUAAUGGCAAACCGCAUGUUGUUGAUUCUGGAUUUUUGAAAUUAUGUUUCAAUCCACUACCACAAAAUAAACCUGUUUAUUUAUGUUUAAUAAGGGGCAAGGAUUCAAGAAACGUUUACGAUAUGCCUGGAUAUAGACUAGCUAGAGGAGAGAGACCUACUUUGGAAAAUGCCAUCAAAAAGUUAAAAGUUUCUGGAAGAUUAAUGCAAGCUUAUUAUCAAGAUGAAAUGAGAACUGCAGGCUUUAGUAACCGGUCAAUCCAAUUUGUAGAGGAAACUGUACUGGACCAAAGUAUUUUUGGGUAUAAUGUAAAUUCACCAACCCCUCAUCAAGAAAUUAAAGUCUUUGUUUUAACAAGCCCCAAAUCAGUUAAAGAAUUACGAUCUCCAGAUUUGGCACAACAAAAUCCAAAUGCAAAAGAUUCUGGUGGGUUAUUCAGUCAUGCAAUAGAUCUUAUUAAAAGUACACCCGAGAUUUUUAAUUCUAGAAAUGAUACUGCUGUUCAAUGUGUGGUGAUGUAUUUGGAUUCGACUUAUGACAAAAAAAGAGAUUUGAUUUUGACUCACGCAGCAUUAGGGGGUGGUACGAAUGAUGUCAAAUUAGGUAUUUUUGGAUCUCAUGGUUUACAUUCUUUUCCACAAAACUUUCCAUUAGUUACCCCAUCAUUCCUUGAUGAUACACCAUUAUCUAAACUGGAGGUAGCAAAUGAUGCGGGCCAAUGUUCAACAAGUUACGAAUGUCUCAACAUAUGUUUUGGAGCAUGGAUUCAUGAAGCUUCUCAUUCGUUCGGUUGUCCUCAUCAGGUUGAUGGAGUCAUGUUAAGAGAUUAUGUUGUAUUAAACAGAUCAUUUAUGACUAGGGAAUUGAGAAAUGAAAGAACUCAUUCUUCAGGUGAAAUUAUAGGUACUAAUGGAAGAUGGAGUUCUGUUUGCCAUUUCAACAUAUUAGAUUUGAUUAGAUUUUUGUAUCACGAUUCAUUUUCCUUGCCUAUAGAUAAUUUUGGUAAAAGUUUUUCUACAACUAAAAGACCAGAUCAUCUGUAUGAAUUUUUCACAGCUCCGAGCCUGUAUCCUUUAACCAACUCCUCCGUCACAAAAUCUGAUAAUGGAAUUUUCUUAUUGGAGAUAGUUGAUGGUGAUUUGGCUAGGUAUCAUCAAGCAUAUUUACCCCAUAUGUAUGGUGGAGUUGGUUUACAAACUCAAAUUGAAAUUAACUAUCAGGAAUAUCUAAACAAAUUACGAAGUAAGAAGAGAGAUGCGAAUGAUGCAUACAAAGUGAGAGUUUUAUCAUUAGGAGGCGAUUUAUUCAUAGACAACUUCAAAGCUCAUAGUUCACAACAGCAUAAAGACAUGAUUGAGAGUGAUUUUGGACUUGGAAAGGGGAAACUUAAAGGGGCUAAAAGUUUGUUAUUGGGGAAAGCUAAUGGUCAAAUACAUUAUGUUAAUUUCAAUAUAAAAUCAAUUUUUAAGGUAAGUAUAUAUUCAGGUAACGCUUUGAAUGGAUUUAGGUUUCAUUUUAAUGCUGAUAAUACGUCAAAAACUCCCGGCGUACCAGAAAGAAAUUACUUGAAAAAAUUCUUUAAUAAUAAACCAAACGCAGGCCCACCGGUGAUUGAUUCUAGUGGGUUCAAAGAACUGGUAAAGGCAAACGUAUUAGUUGGAAGAGACAAUGCCGGAUCUACUGAUUUUGUAUUGGAAAAAGACGAAUAUAUUAUCAAAUUCAAUAUUAGAAACGGGGCUUGGAUUGAUGCUAUUCAGUUUGUAACCAAUAAGAGAGUCUCUCCCAUGUUUGGAAAUGCAAAAGGAGGUCAUUUAUCUGUUCUAGAGUCUCCGACAAGUAAUAACGAGAUUGUUGGUAUGUAUUUUUACAUGGGUGAUUGGUUAGAUGGAUUAGGCAUCAUUUAUACAAUUUAA